CAAGAACAAGACUCAACACAGGACACGGCAGAUACUCACCAAGAAACUCACCAGAGUCAAGUCUACAGCCUACAGACAACCAAGAUGCCUUUCACCAAGCUCGUCAAGAACAGGGCGUACUUCUCCCGCUUCCAGACCAAGUACAGGCGCAGACGCGAGGGAAAGACAGACUACUACGCACGCAAGCGUCUCAUCACCCAGGCAAAGAACAAGUACGCAGCACCAAAGUACAGACUCGUCGUCCGCUUCACCAACAAGGACAUCAUCUGCCAGAUCAUCUACUCAAAGAUCGAAGGCGAUGUCGUCCUCACUGCCGCCUAUGCACACGAACUCCCACGAUACGGCAUCAAGCACGGCCUCACCAACUGGUCCGCAGCUUAUGCGACGGGUCUCUUGGUUGCCAGGCGUGCACUCAAGAAGCUCGGCCUCGAUGAAACCUACAAGGGUGUCGAAGAGGCAGAUGGAGAGCUCACCAUGACCGAAGCCGUUGAGGACGGACCACGUCCCUUCAAGGUCGUCUUGGAUGUCGGUCUCCAGCGCACCACCACCGGUUGCCGCAUCUUUGGUGCCCUCAAGGGUGCCUCUGACGGCGGUCUCUACAUCCCACACUCACCCAACCGAUUCCCUGGAUGGGACAUUGAGGGUGAGGAGCUCGACGCUGAGACCCUCCGUCGCUACAUCUUUGGUGGACACGUCGCAGAGUACCAGGACAUGCUUUUGGACGAUGACGAGGAGCGUUACCAGCAGCAAUUCGCUGGCUUGAUUGCCGCUGGCAUUGAGUCGGAUGCGCUCGAAGACAUUUACGCGAGUGCGCACGCAGCCAUUCGUGCUGACCCAUCACCCAAGCUCACGGAGAAGAAGACAAAGGAGGAGUACACAAAGGCAUCCUCCCAAUACAAGUCAAAGAGGCUCACAAACGCCGAACGCAAGGAGAAGAACCAGAAGCGUAUCGCCGAAAUCAAGGCUUCAUUGGCUUAGUCUACUGCAUAGCAUUCAAUCUUAUCUACCGCUUGUUUUAUGGAAAGCAUCCUCAGGCCAUCUUGUUGCUUUGGCUUUUUGUAGCUUUGCCCAAGACGUGCCUGAUAUCCGUUCGGACUGGCCAGCGAGCAUGAUGCAGUCAUCUGGCCAGAGGUCUGCAUCAGAGUUAGACUAGUCUGCUAAUCACUCGGCGACAGCCUCAGCCAUGCAGAUGCUCUUACGUACUCUGCCAGGCAGUGUCAGCUUCAUCUUGAGUGCUUGCAAACGUCAAAAACUAUUGUCUCACAGGGGAAAUCCGAAGUCUACCAGGACUACUUAUCCAUGUACCUUCAGGUGGACUACCUAGCAGAUAGAAAUGCUCACCUGACGAACGAAUGAACGA